AGGGGGCAGUGACACACGUGUCACCGUCACCGUGGCGACGCGGCGGUGACGCGCUGUGCCCGCGACCCUCCCCGGAACGGGCGGGCGGCGCGCGCUGAGCGCGUCACCGGGGGCGGCGGCGGCGGCGGCGGCUGGACGGGCCCGGGGCGCCGCCAUGGAGAGCGCGAACCAGGAUAUCAACCUUAACUCUCCCAACAAAGGUCUGCUGGCGGAUGCCAUGACAGAUGUUCCCGUGGAUAACGCGGCCCGGGGCGCUGCGCCCCAGGGAUUGACUCUGGCCGAGGAGGAGGAGCUGAGAGCCGAGCUCGCCAAGGUUGAAGAAGAAAUUGGUACUCUCAGACAAGUUCUGGCUGCCAAAGAGAGGCACUGUGGAGAGCUGAAGAGGAAGCUGGGUCUGACUCCCUUGGAUGGGCUAAAGCAGAACCUGUCCAAAAGCUGGCAUGAUGUCCAAGUCUCCAACGCUUAUGUGAAAACAUCUGAGAAACUUGGAGAGUGGAAUGACAAAGUGACACAGUCUGACUUAUAUCUUUCAGCCAGCAGCACACUGGAGGACUGGAAUGAAAAAUUAACUCAAUCAGAAGCUUAUAAGAAGACCCAGGAAACCCUUUCCCAGGCAGGACAGAAGACUUCAGCAGCCCUUUCCAAUGUAGGUUCUGUUAUCAGCAGGAAGCUUGGUGACAUGAGGAAUUCUGCAACCUUCAAGUCCUUUGAAGAUAGAGUUGGGACCAUAAAGACUAGUAUUCGGGCAAAUGGCCUCUCAGAUAUGUGAAGUCUUGGCUACAUCCCGAGUGGUGGGCAGCAGGGAAAACAGCACUGACGGCCUCCACUCUCCCUCUGGAGCUGGGGACAAGCCUCCACAAGACAACGCUCCCUUCUAGGCCUGGAUGUGGCUUUGCACAGCUGUGCACAACUGGAAGAGCCCCCUCCCUCCCAAACCUUCACCACAGCAACAACAUGCGAAUCCAAGAAGGGGCUGAGAGCCAGUCUGGAGAGAUCCAUCCUUCAUUCAUAGACACUGCUGCUGGAUCCAAGUCAAAUAAAGAGAAUGCAAAGUUUUGUACACAAAUAAUAUUUUACACUAAAGUUUGUAGAUUAAAUUUAUCACUGCUGUCCUUUUGGGAGAGCGUGUAAGCUGGAGUUUCCUCAUAGUAGCUCAGAAACGCCACUGCUGUGGAUGCAAACAGUUUUCCCUUGUCUGUCAUGGCUUGGAGCAGAUACAUGGCCCUGAGCAGCAUGAGGAGGGCAGUAACUGAAGAAGCCAAGUGCAUGGGCACCUUAGCUUCAGCUUCUGGCUCCGUUCUCUGUGUGGGCUACUCUGAGAGCUCCCAGGCUUCUCCUGUUACUGUUUUCUCUGGCUCUCAUUGGAGCUGUCAGGCUGAUGGGGUAAACAGUUGGGGUUUUUUCUGGGCUCCUAAAAGGCAAACUUCACUUAGCAGCUGCCUCAUUGUUACACUAAUGCUCUAGCUUUAACAAAACUAAGAAUCUUUAUUUUUAAAUGCAACGAACUUUAAAGAAAUAAAGCGUAAAAACAAACAAACAAAAAAAAGCUUUUGCAUAUUAGGGCAAAGCUCCCUUGGACUCUGAAGCUGAACUGCAAGCCUUACAUCACUUAUGCUUUACUUGUUUAUGAUUUAUUUUCUGUAGAGGAGACUGCAAGGGUUCUAAAGCUGGUUGUUGAGCACUGGAGUUUUGCAUCAUGCAGUCAUAGCAGCAUGUUUAUAAAGCCAGUUCUUGUGUUAAAUUCAGUGGUGCACUCUUGAGUGUAUGAAACUUGCUUCUCCCUUCUCAGCUUAUCCCUUCAUUCUUGGAGGAGGAAUUUCUGAAGGCUGGAAUAUGGAUACCAUUGGAGGGACUCUGCUCUGCUCUCUGAGGGCUCCUCCAGCUGGUACAUCUGGCUGUGACUGGAUGGGUUUCUCAGUUGAAAGCCCCAGCUCUAAUUUUAGUUUACAAAACUGGCAGAGAGUCAUGGAGCUCACCCAGUCCCUCCAGGGGCUGGAUGUUUUGCUCUUUUGAUGUCCAACUUCAUUGCUCAGGAGCUGACAAAUUCCAAGUUUUCUCCUAGAGGCCUGGUCUUAUUCUAGGCAAGGUGCCUCCACAUAGAAAUACCUAGAGUGAGCAAUUCUGUGCCUUAGAGGCGAAGUGGGACUUACUCAGGUCUUUAAACUUAUGUACAUAUCUGGGUAGUUUUAGUGGUUGAUCACCCCGGAGGGACUGAACUGCCUCUGACCCUUUAGAGAAGCAAGUUUUGACACUGAUUUGAUAAAUCUCCAUUUCCCCCACCCCUGCUCCCCUCCCUCUGCAGACCUGGGGAUGUGGGAUGAGAUGUUAGUGGGCAGAUGUACUAGGCCAUAGGUGGAGUGUAGAGUGUCGUUCACAGGCACUCCUCGUUUGACUGGAACUGUGAGGAGCAGACCCAGUGAAAUGGGGACUGCAGGAGCUUGGGUAUGGAACUGUUUCUCUUUAAGAUAAAGACUGAGGAUAUGUGUCAAUAAAGAAUUCCUUUGGGAGAAAAUGG